UUUUUCCACUUCUUUUCUUCUUCUUCUUCUCUCCUCCAGCUCCUCCUCCUCUUCCUUGACUUCCUUCGCGAUCCUUUUAUUUCUGUGUCGUCAAGGAAUCCUCAUCUUCCCUUCUUCCCUCUCUCCCUCUCCACUCUACACUCUCUACUAAUCACACCACAUCACCAACCAUGGCGUCGCCCAUUGCCUCGGCGGCCCUCAGGGCCCGCGUCAAGCGCCCUUCCAUGCUCAAGAAGCUCUGCAACCCCGAGGACAUGCUCCAGCACUUCCCCAAUGGCGCCUACAUCGGCUGGUCCGGUUUCACCGGUGUCGGCUACCCCAAGAAGGUCCCUACUAUGCUCGCUGACCACGUCGAGAAGAACGGCCUCCAGGGCCAGCUCAAGUACAGCCUCUUCGUCGGUGCCUCCGCUGGCGCCGAGACCGAGAACCGCUGGGCUGCUCUCGACAUGAUCGCCCGCCGCGCUCCUCACCAGGUCGGCAAGAACAUUGCCAAGGGCAUCAACGAGGGUCGCAUCAACUUCUUCGACAAGCACUUGUCCAUGUUCCCCGUUGACCUUGUCUACGGCUACUACACCAAGGACCGCCAGAACAAGAAUCUCGAUGUCGUCUGCGUUGAAGCUACCGAGAUCAAGGAGGACGGUUCCAUCGUCCUCGGUGCCUCGGUCGGUGCCACCCCCGAGCUCAUCCAGAUGGCCGACAAGGUCAUCAUUGAGGUCAACACGGCCAUCCCCAGCUUCGACGGUCUCCACGAUAUCACCUUCUCCGACCUCCCUCCCAACCGCAAGCCCUACCUCAUCCAGCAGUGCAGGGACCGCAUCGGUACUACUUCGGUCCCCGUCGACCCCGAGAAGGUUGUCGGUAUCAUCGAGUGCACCACCCCCGAUCAGACCCUCCCCAACUCCCCCGCCGACGAAACGGCUACGGCCAUUGCCGGCCACCUGAUUGAGUUCUUCGAGCACGAGGUCGCCCACGGCCGUCUGCCCAAGAACCUUCUCCCCCUGCAGUCCGGUAUCGGCAACAUCGCCAAUGCCGUCAUUGGUGGUCUCGAGACCUCCAACUUCAAGAACCUCAACGUCUGGACUGAGGUUAUCCAGGAUACCUUCCUCGACCUCUUCGACUCCGGCAAGCUUGACUUUGCCACCGCCACCUCGAUCCGCUUCUCGCCCACCGGCUUCGAGCGCUUCUACAAGAACUGGGACAACUACUAUGACAAGCUCCUCCUUCGCUCUCAGUCCGUCUCCAACGCUCCCGAGAUCAUCCGCCGUCUCGGUGUCAUCGGCAUGAACACCCCCGUCGAGGUCGACAUCUACGCCCACGCCAACUCCACCAACGUCAUGGGCUCCCGCAUGCUCAACGGUCUCGGUGGUUCCGCCGAUUUCCUCCGCAACUCCAAGUACUCCAUCAUGCACACCCCCUCCACCCGUCCCUCCAAGACCGACGCCCACGGUGUUUCGUGCAUUGUCCCCAUGUGCACCCACGUCGACCAGACCGAGCACGAUCUCGACGUCAUCGUUACCGAGAACGGUCUCGCCGAUGUCCGCGGCCUCAGCCCCCGCGAGCGUGCCCGCGUCAUCAUUGACAAGUGCGCCCACGACGUCUACAAGCCCAUCCUCAAGGCCUACUUCGAGAAGGCCGAGUUCGAGUGCCUCCGCAAGGGUAUGGGCCACGAGCCCCACCUUCUCUUCAACUCUUUCGACAUGCACAAGGCUCUUGUCGAGGAGGGCUCCAUGGCCAAGGUCAAGUUCUAAAUGCUUGGCUAGAGUCAGAGAGUGGAUUUCUCGAUUGGGCAGAGAUAAUGAGAGAGGAACAAGAGAGGAACAACAGUUGAUCUUUGAAUGAAACAAAGACAAUUGGCUAAACAAACAAACGUGGUAUGGCGGAAAUGCAUUGGUUAGG